GCUCCCGUGCCGCAGCUUCGCGGCUCUCCCAGAGCUGCGGGCCGGCAGCGGGGCCCCUCGGGGCUGCGCCCAGCGAUGUCCCCCCGGUGGCAGCCUGGGCGACCCGCGGGCGGGUGCCAUGUCCUCGCUGGUGAAGGAGGACCUGACCAAGAGGCUCUUCGGGCCGAGGCGGCUGCGGCUGCACGAGUUCAUCGAGGUGGAGGACUCGGGAGCGGAGCGCUGCUACCUGUGCGCCGCAGUGACUAAAAGUGAAGAAGUAGAAAUAUGUAUGGUAAAACACUUUCGAGAUCGAGAAGAGAAAUACGAAGUAGUUGAAAAGUGGUUUUUAAAAGAUCUGGAGAUGAUUGAUGGAAAAGAAGCAGAUACUGAUAAUCCAUAUUUUGAUAUGCACUUCCAUAAAGUCUACAGUAUGGAGGCAUACAGUUGCGCAUCUAAAUACACCUUUGCUCGAACGCUAAGCAAUCUGAAUGAAAUGUAUCUUAAAAAGGACUUGAAGAUUGUGAACUUUGACAGCACCUACCUAAAUGAUGAUUCGAUCUGGUCAUCCAACAAUAGGGAUUGCUUAGUACUUAUGAGAAUAUGCUUCUAUGCUUCCAACCUUUUAUGUCUCUCCUUGUGUCCUUUAUCCUGAAGAUGUAUUUUAUAACGUUAAGGGGACUGGUUGAUUUUGCUAACCAGCAUUUUAUAAAUUAUCUGACGAAAAUGACAAUAAAUGAUAUGCAGAACCUGCCUUUUAAUUUUACCUGUAAGUCCAAAGGGGAGCCUCCUUUUUUGAUAUCCAACUGACCAUUAAUUUGUAUCUAAUAGAAGGGCUUCACUCUGGCAAACAGAAAUAUACGAGGCUUUCAGGAAAAGAACAGCAAUUCUUAAGUUCAGUGGUGGUUGUUAAUGUAAGUUAAGUUCAGCAUUUACAGUAUGUUUAUAGAGGUAUAAAAUAUUUUUCAUGAAUAGCUAGAAAGAUUUAUAAAUAUUUUAAGAUCAUUAGCAGUUCAUUUACAUCCUAAAAGUAGAAAAACAAAGCAAAAAAAAAAAAAUCUGUACAAGAAUGAUGCAUGUAUCCAUUUCUCAAAUGUAUUGAAAUGCAGAACUCUGUUAAAGAGAUCACACUUACAUAAAUACUUGAAUCAAAUACUCAUCCCGAUGAAGUAGAGUUUUGCAUUUAUUUACUGUGGGACCAGUUUUUCAGCUAUGCACUUAUAAUGAUUUCUUCUCCUGAAUAUCAAGUACUCCCUGUGACCUUUCCAUUGUUUAUGAUAUUGUCAUAGGAACAUAAAAUGGAUGUUUUCAAGCAUAAUUAUUUUAUUUGACAGACCUUGGAGACCUUUUUCUUCUUUUAUAUCACUAAUGUCUCUUUCUUGCAACUUGUUUAUGUGCAUGAAUAGGCCUAGUUAGGGAAAAGAAACCAUUUAUGUCUCUUCUCUGCCUCACGACCAAGAGUUAAUAACAUACUACUGGAGAUUGUACAUAAACAGUAUUUUUAUGGCAGUUACUUACAAUUACUUUGUAGAUGGACUUCUCAAAAAUCUUAGAGUUAUGAGAGUAACUUUCACCAGUGUCUAGCUAUGUUAGUAUAUUCAGUGCACUACGUAAAUGUGUAUGUACUGCUUGUAUAUAAAAAGGUCAUAUAUUUGAUUAUCUUCAGAAGUUAUUUAUUUAUUCCAGACUUAUGUUGUAAUUUACACACAUUCUAGCAAAAAACUUAAUAAUUAUGUAUACCGUGAUGGUUCUGAAGGCAGUUUAUGGAUUAACACUUAUAUUCAGCAAUUUUGAGAACUUACAUUUGUCACCUAAAUAUUGUUAUAGAAGGGCUGCAUUUAUAAUUACUGCUUAUGAAAUGCAGUUGUUCUUUUCAGAAUGUCUUUGAGAUAACUGAGUCCAGCAUUUGAUCCAUCACUACAACAGGUAUUUGCCCAACAUCCAGGCUGUACAAAGACAUUUUACAGUAGCAUGUAUAAAACAGAAUAUAGUUAUAUAUUAUGCCACAUUGUCUUCCUUGGACUGUAUUAUUGUAAAGUUAACAAUAUUUUCUGUAAAGUCAACAAAUUCUUUGCUUACUAGGCACAAGGAAUUAUUUUAUGGGUGAAAGAAUUGUUCAUAUGGUAACAAAAAUGUAAAAUCUCUAAUUGAUACCUCAGAGCAUUCUUUUGAAAUAAAGUUGCAGUUGGUAACUUCC